UUUUGUGGCGUCAAGUCAAGGCCGCGUCGGCGUUUCCAUCUCCGCGGUCAGGUUUGGUGUCUAGUGCGGUGGCACUGUGCUGCUGUAGCAGGUGAGGCUGGGAGGGAGAUGGACUGGGCUGGUCGUUGUGCGGCCGCUGGCUGCCGCCCCGAACUGGGGCGAGGUGUUCGAGGGUAAGGGUCGCGGGCGUUGUGCGGCUGGGAGCCGGCUACCGAGGCGACGGAAAUAAAGCAGUAGACGAGAGAGCCCCGAUUUAAAGCGCCUUUGUGUGGCUCGCUGCUCGCCUCCGUUCCACUCCUCUCACCUAGUCACUUCUCCUCCCACCUCGCGUUUCUUCGCCGGCCGCGGGUGUGCUCAGGUGGCCGCCGCCUCGCCGCUGGGCUCAGAUCCUUACCUGAUCCCCGCUGCCGUGACGAGGCCGUGCGGAGCUUGGAUGGGGUUGGCGGAGCAGCGGGUGGAGGUGCGGGGCGCGGCGAAUCGGUGGUGAUCCCGGGCCAUGGGGUAGAGUGGAGGGGGUGUGCGUGGCAUGGAGCCGUCCCGUGGCGCCGUUGGCGGCGGGCGGCGGUGGGGGGACGCGGAGGCGGAGGUGGAGGAAGGGAGGCGGCCGGAGGAGGGGGGAGAGGUGAGCCUGCGGGAGUGGCUCGACCGCCCGGGCCGCGCGGUGGAGGCGGCGGAGUGCGUGCACGUGUUCAGGCAGGUCGCGGAGGCGGUGGCCGUCGCGCACGCGCAGGGGGUGGCCGUGGGCAGCGCGCGCCCCUCGUGCUUCGUCGUGUCGCCGCCCUUCGCGCGCGUCGCCUUCAUCGAGUCCGCCUCCGGCUCCGACGCCUCGGGCUCCUGCUCGGGCUCCGACGCCUCCGAGGACGCCGACCCGGACGCCUCGCCUCCGCGGCGACGCGACGGCGCCGCCCGCGGCGAGGAGCGCACCGGGAAGACGUUCCCGCUCAAGAGCGUGCUGGCGAUGGAGCUCAGCUGGUACACCAGCCCCGAGGAGGCGGAAGACAGCGGCGGAGGCGGCUCUACCUUCUCCUCGGACGUCUACAGACUGGGCGUGCUCUUGUUCGAGCUGUUCUGUACGUUCGAAACCUUGGAGGAUAAGAUGCGGGCAAUGGCUAAUCUGCGGCAUCGGGUGUUGCCGCCGCAGCUUCUGCUCAGAUGGCCCAAGGAGGCGUCCUUCUGCCAGUUGCUCAUGCACCCUGUGCCUGAGACCAGACCGAAGAUGAGUGAGGUGCUACAGAGUGAGUUCCUUAAUCAGUCUCGGAAUAGCCUGGAAGAGCGUGAAGCAGCACUUAGGUUACGUGAAGAGAUAGAAGAACAGGAAUUACUGCUGGAUUUUCUUCAGCAGUUGCAGAAAAGAAAGCAGGAUAUAGCAGACAAUUUGCAGGAUACUGUUGCCUUUCUCUCUUCUGACAUCAACGAGGUCCUCCACCAGCAAUCUGCACUAGGGGGGCAAUUUGUGAACUUCUCACCUGAUUUGGAUAAAGAGGUGUGCUCUGGAACUGUUGAAGAUCAGAGUGAUUGUGGAUCCAGGAAGCGUUUCAGACCUGAGCUGCAAGGUAUUGACAUGGAGGAACAGAAUCAUAGCGUGGAAGAAUGUUCCAGAACAGUGCCGUCCUCUGAGCUAAUCCAGGAAAGUGUUUUGUCCAAAAGCUCCAGGUUGAUGAAGAACUUCAAAAAACUUGAAACAGCCUACUUUCUUACAAGGUCCAAGUUGGUGAAGCAAGUUGGUAACCAAAUAAAUAGCUGUCAUCAAGUUGUUAAGAGGGCUACUGGUUCAGCUGUUGGGACCGAGGGAAGUUCAAUAGAUAAUUUUCCUUUGGAAAGGCAAUAUGGCAGUAGGCAAUGUUGGGUGAACUCUUUUCUUGAGGGAUUGUGCAAGUACUUGUCAUUCAGUAAGUUGAAAGUACAGGCAGAACUGAAACAGUGUGAUCUGCUGAACUCAUCGAACUUAGUAUGCUCCGUAGGGUUUGACCGGGAUAAAGAGUUUUUUGCAACAGCUGGUGUAAAUAAGAAGAUAAAAGUGUUUGAGUAUAAUAUGAUUGUAAAUGAGCAUCGUGACAUUCACUAUCCUGUGGUAGAGAUGUCCAAUAGAUCAAAAUUAAGUUGUAUUUGCUGGAACAGUUAUAUGAAGAGCCAUAUAGCAUCUAGUGAUUUUGAGGGUAUAGUGCAGGUUUGGGAUGUUACUAGGAGUCAAGUUUUCGUUGACAUGAGGGAGCAUGAGAGGCGAGUGUGGUCGGUGGACUUCUCAAUUGUGGACCCAACAAAAUUGGUCAGUGGGAGUGAUGAUGGAUCUGUGAAGCUGUGGGAUAUGAAUCAGGCUGGGAGUAUUGGCACUAUUAGAACAAGGGCAAAUGUGUGCUCUGUACAAUUCCAACCUGAUACUGCUCGCUCCAUUGCCAUUGGCUCAGCAGAUCACAAAAUUUACUGCUAUGAUCUCCGUAACAUACGAGCUCCUUAUUGUACACUGGUUGGGCACACAAAAACAGUAAGCUAUGUUAAGUAUCUAGACGCAUCAACAAUAGUAUCUGCGUCUACUGACAACUCAUUGAGGCUCUGGGACUUGUCGAUGAGCCCAGGAAGGAUAAUUGACAGUCCAAUCCAAACAUUUACAGGGCAUACAAAUACAAAGAACUUUGUUGGCCUUUCUAUAUCUGAUGGCUACAUUGCUACUGGCUCCGAAACAAAUGAGGUUUUUGUCUACCACAAAGAAUUUCCCAUGCCAGUGUUGGCAUAUAAGUUUAGCGUGACAGACCCUAUAUCAGGCCAGGAGAUUGAUGAUCCGACACAGUUCAUUUCAUGUGUCUGUUGGAGAGGGCAGUCUACAACUCUUCUUUCCGCUAACUCCAGCGGCAACAUCAAGAUCUUAGAAAUGGACUGACUCUGUACGAUUGGGUUGUGCAUCUAGAAAUGUACUGACUUCUUACCCAGGGUGUGUGUGUCUGGUUGGCUUCAAGGUUUGCGGCACUUGAAUUCGGAGAAGCCAACGAAUUCGCAAAAUGUAACUUAAUACGAGUUGCAAAGUUUGGAGGUAGGAGUAGCGGUCACAGAUUUAGCGGAUUGAUAGGAUUACAGAUUAGCGUGGUAGCAAAAGUAGCAUAAAUAGGAGAGGAAAUUGAGGUGCCGGGUGGUCCCACAAAGAAAGGUUUUGUACAUCAUUGGUUCGAGGUAUACUUGUACAGGCAAAUCAAUCCAAGUUUUUACCUACCCGCAUCAGGGUUCUGCUCUUGAGAUGCAAAAGUACAAAAUGGAUUACAUCUGUUCAACCAGAGAUCAACAUUUGCCUGA